UCUCCGCAGCGACACCGCAGCUGCCAGCAUCGGUGAGAAAAGCCGCCGCGCGCCGGGUUUGCCAAGGUUUGCCUGAAGGUGAAUUACAAACUUUUCAUGGGAAACUCUGCACGGCACAUCCAGUGAGAUGGCAUCAGACAGUGAGGUGAAAACCCUACUGAACUUCGUCAACCUGGCCUCCAGCGACAUCAAAGCAGCUCUGGAUAAAUCGGCUCCCUGUCGCCGGUCAGUUGACCACAGGAAAUACUUGCAGAAGCAGCUCAAGCGAUUUUCUCAGAAGUACUCACGGAUCCCAAGGUGCCACCCCAGCAAACCCCCCGAGUGCGGCUGGCGCAGGGGGGCAGAGGACCGGGGCCGUGGACCCCUGCCUGAGGCACCUGACCCCAGCCCCCAUGGCCGGGCUGCAGCCGAGAAGGUGCUGCAGACAGCAGGGGUGGAGGAGAGCCUCGCCGAGGAACGGGUUUUGCAGGAGCAAAACCCCGAAGCCGCCAGACCAGACCAGGUGCCCAUGAGGAAGCGACAGCUCCCUGCCUCCUUCUGGGAAGAGCCACGGCCGGCACAGAGCCUGCCGGCCAGGGCCUAUCCCACCAGCCCCGAAGGGCUCCUGGCCCCCAGAGACCCUCCUCCUUCUGAGGGGAAGAAAAGCAAAUGGAGCCCAGACACUGCUGUCCCAGAGAGCUCCCCCGAGCCUGCCCCACAUGCUGGGGAGAAAGACCCUGUUGGGGUCCUCUCAGGCCGGGUGGGUGCCUGGACCUGCUGCCCCUUCCCCUGCCCUGGGCCCGGGGUGUACCAGCCCCCGGGCACACUGUCGCCAUCGCCCUUCCUGGGGCUGGGGCUGUGGAGGAAGACCGUGGCCGCACUGCCGGCGGAGGUGCCGCACUUCUGCAAGGAGGCCGAUGGCAUGGGACAGAAACUCUACAGGCCUGUGGUUUUGAAACCCAUCCCCACCAAGCCUGCCGUUCCCCCGCCGAUCUUCAAUGUUUUCAGCUAUCUUUAGCUGGGGGGUGUUGGAGUCAUGCUGAACACCACAGCUCCUGAGAGUGGAUUGAAACGCCCGGUUAGGCACCAGGCGUGAGCUGCUGGCAGCGUGGAGCGGCGGGGGGAAAGAGGCCGGCAAUCACACCCUCUUCCUCAUGGGCUGG